UCUGGGCGCUGCCGCCGCCGCCGCCGCCGCUGCUGUUGCGGACCACCAGGCGCCACCCGGACCCCCGCUGCCACCGGGGCCCCGGAUGCCAUCUGCACUCCGGGCGACCCUGCUGGCGAGUGUGCCCCAGCCUGGACGCCGUCCCCGGCCUGGUCUCCACUCCUCCGCCACACCUCCCAUGACAGCUCCCGCACGAAGAUGGCUGCGAAGGGCGCGCACGGCUCCCACCUGAAGGUGGAGAGCGAGAUGGAGCGCUGCCGCGCUGAGGGCCACUGGGACCGCAUGUUCGAGCUGGUCCGGCAUCUGCAGACGUUGGGCAUUUCCGGCGGCGGCAGUAGCAACCGGCGAAACAGCCCGGGCGGCAGGUUCAUCUCUCUGGACACCGAUGACUUUGCGAAAUUGCUGCUAGCGGAGGCCCUUCUGGAGCAGUGUUUGAAGGAUAACCAUGACAAAAUAAAAGACUCCAUCCCUCUGCUGGAGAAGAAUGAGAGCAGGCUAACUGAAGCCAAAGAUCGUCUGAGCAGCGUCCUGAACAAUGGGAAGCUGCCGCCACAGUACAUGUGCGAGGCCAUGCUGAUCCUGGGCAAGCUGCAUUAUGUGGAGGGCUCGUACCGGGACGCCAUCAGCAUGUACGCACGGGCCGGGAUCGAUGACAUGUCCGUGGAGAACAAGCCCCUGUAUCAGAUGCGGCUGCUGGCAGAGGCGUUCGUCAUCAAAGGCCUCUCCCUGGAACGUCUGCCCAACUCCAUCGCCUCCCACAUCCGCCUGACUGAGCGGGAGGAGGAAGUGGUCGCCUGUUUUGAGAGGGCCUCCUGGGUGGCUCAGGUCUUCCUGCAGGAGCUGGAGAAGACCUCAAACAACAGCACAUCGAGGCACCUAAAAGGCAGUCCCUCAGUUGACUAUGAGCUCACUUAUUUCUUGGAAGCCGCCCUCCAGAGUGCAUAUGUGAAGAACCUGAAGAAAGGGAACAUCGUGAAGGGCAUGAGGGAGCUCCGGGAGAUUCUGAGGACUGUGGAAACCAAAGCGACGCAGAACUUCAAAGUGGUGGCGGCCAAGCACCUGGCAGGGGUUCUGCUGCAUUCCCUGAGUGAGGAAUGCUACUGGAGUCCAUUGUCCCACCCUCUGCCUGAGUUCAUGAGCAAGGAGGAGAAUUCCUUCAUCACCCAGAGCCUCCGGAAACCCCACCUCUAUGAGGGAGACAACCUCUACUGCCCGAAGGACAACAUAGAGGAGGCGCUCUUACUGCUGCUCAUCAGUGAGUCCAUGGCAACUCGGGACGUGGUACUGAGUCGGUCACCAGAGCAGGAGAAGGACCGGAAAGUGAGCCUGCAGAAUGCCUCAGCCAUCUAUGACCUCCUGAGCAUCACACUGGGCAGGCGCGGCCAGUACGUCAUGCUCUCUGAGUGCCUAGAGCGAGCCAUGAAGUGUGCAUUUGGAGAAUUUCACCUCUGGUACCAAGUGGCCCUCUCCAUGGUAGCUUGUGGGAAGUCGGCCUACGGCGUGUCCCUGCUGCGAGAGUGCAUGAAGUUGCAGCCCUCGGAUCCCACGGUGCCCCUGAUGGCUGCCAAGGUCUGCAUCGGGUCCCUGCACUGGCUGGAAGAGGCGGAACACUUUGCCAUGGUGGUGAUCAGCCUUGGAGAAGAAGCAGGAGAGUUCCUGCCUAAAGCCUACCUGGCCCUGGGUCUCACCUACAGCCUGCAGGCCACUGAUGCCACCCUGAAGUCCAAGCAAGAUGAGCUGCACCGCAAGGCCCUGCAGACACUUGAGCGAGCCCAGGCACUGGCGCCCGAUGACCCCCAGAUUAUCUUCUACGUCGCCCUGCAGCUUGCCCUCGUCCGACAGCACCCUUGCCUUUCAUGGGAGCAUCUUUGUGUGAGGGGUCCAGUGAGGAUUCGGUCAGUGUGGUUACACCUCGGCCCGCUUAUGAUGGGCACACAGAAAGGGUUGUUCAGUGCCCUGGCUUUCCUUAGAAUACGGCAGUCUCCUGAGGAAGGGAUCUCCAGCGCCAUGGAGCAUCUUCAGGAGGCCCUGACGGUGUGCCGAGAUGAUGCCAACGCCCUCCACUUGCUAGUACUGCUCUUCUCUGCCCAGAAGCAUUACCAGCACGCCCUGGAUGUCAUCAACAUGGCCAUCACCGAGUACCCUGAGAAUUUCAACCUGAUGUUCACCAAGGUGAAGCUGGAGCAGGUACUCAAAGGCCCAGAAGAAGCCCUCGUGACCUGCAGGCAAAUGCUGAGGCUGUGGCAGACUCUCUACAACUUCUCUCAGCUGGGAGGCCUGGAGAGGGAUGGCAGCUUCGAAGGCCUCGCGGUGAAGAAACAGAAUGGCAUUCACCUGACUCUGCCGGACGCCCAUGACGCAGAUUCCGGCUCUCGGCGGGCAUCAUCUAUCGCAGCCUCGAGGCUGGAGGAGGCCAUGUCGGAGCUGACCAUAACAACCUCAGUCCUAAAGCAGGGCCCCAUGCAGCUGUGGACCACACUGGAACAGAUCUGGCUCCAGGCUGCUGAGCUGUUCAUGGAGCAGAGACACCUCAAGGAAGCGGGUUUCUGCAUCCAGGAGGCUGCUGGCCUCUUCCCCACCUCCCACUCAGUGCUCUACAUGCGAGGCCGGCUGGCUGAGGUGAAGGGCAACUUGGAAGAGGCCAAGCAGCUGUACAAAGAAGCGCUCACCGUGAACCCGGACGGCGUGCGCAUCAUGCACAGCCUGGGUCUGAUGCUGAGUCAAUUGGGCCACAAGAGCCUGGCCCAGAAGGUGCUGCGGGAUGCUGUGGAGAGACAGAGCACCUGCCAUGAAGCCUGGCAGAGCCUGGGUGAGGUGCUGCAGGACCAAGGCCAGAACGAGGCUGCCGUCGACUGCUUUCUCACUGCCCUGGAGCUGGAGGCCAGCAGCCCUGUGCUCCCCUUCUCCAUCAUCCCCAGAGAGCUAUGAGCCUCCGCAGCAGCUGCGGGCUGUCCCGCGCACGCAGCAGACACAAGCAGGGGCCAGGGGAGGACCCCUGCACUCAGGUGUGGGGCCUCAGGGAAUAGAUGACUAGUGAACAUUUCCACGGGCUGUGAAGCCAGUUCUGCACCCCACCCCCUGCAGGGCCAGCUAGGCCUGAGAUCCCCUCUGAAGCUGGGUGGACAAGAUUUGCAUCCAAAGCAAAUGCCUUGCUCCCGGGAGGCUGGCAUUGUAAUGUUGCUGAGCAGGAGGGGGGCCCUUUAGAUAAAAGGUGUGUUUGGACCCAAGCUCCACCCUCAGCUUCCCCGAUUUCCUGGUUUGGGAUGAACCAAUCUUGAGUUGGCGGGCCUGUAGAAAUGAACCUGCCAGCUGCUCUCUGGCCGGGCCAGGCUUUUCCUGGCCUUACUUGGUGCCUUUGGGAGACAAACUGGCUUCAAUCUAAGUGACUCUACCGAGCUGUGGCGGGCUCGAGAACUCCCCAGUCUCAGGGCAGGGCACACUUGAAGACUGUUCUUGGGCCCAGCCCAGGACAGCCACCGCGUGAGGUCCCAGACACAGGAGGUUCCUCUCAGACUGAAUUAGCACUGCUGAUGCCCGGCGUGGCCUCCAUGGGGAGGUUUCCUGAGAGCUUUCUCUGUGCCAUUAAGUGCCUUUGGGGCUCAUGACAGGCCAGGCCUCCUAAACACAGCCCCUAAGUCUUCCAUUGUUACCCACUCCCGUCUCCCUGGAAACAUGCCCCAGCCAGUAAGCUCCAUGGACCUUCCUUACACCCUCUAGGAUGGGCCUUGGGGUAUAAAACAGGGUUCUGACCUAGCCGUUUCUAGUACCUUGAGUACACAUUCCUUCAAGGCUUUCCCUAUGGUGCAGGUCCCGCUCGGGUGAGUGAUGUCAAAGGGACGAUUUAUAGGACUCGUCCCAAUACACAUCAUCACCCACAGCCCAGUCUUCACCUGGGGCUUUGUUGAGUGACCCAAAGCCCCAGCUUGGCCCUGUAGGCUCCCCUGCCCAGAUCCCCACAGAGCUCUGCUUGGAUGGGUGGAGGAGCCCAUGUGCUUUGCUUGCCAGGGUCCAGGCCGCUGGGCAGAUGUCCCUGGCUAGCUUGUCAACCUGCCACUCUGCUUCUGGAACAUUCCCUUGGGAGACCAUCCCCCAAGGCCUGGCAGAGAGUUCCUUUCCGUCUGUCCCACACUCUCGUAUCUCCCUCAGGUUCACCUUGCUCUCAUUUUAAAAUGUAUAGAAAGGGGCUGAGAGAUGCCUGGUUUACCAUGGCCGGCCACAGCUUCCUUGGAUGGAGAAGAUCAGUGGAGCCUGGCUCCAUGCUGUACUGCCUUAGCACUGCACGUCCCCUCACGGCCCCAGGCCACAGCCCCGGGCCAGAGGGAGGACAUUCAAUCCUUGGUUUCUUGGUUGAAGGGUCUCUAUGUGUGUGUGUGUGUGUGUUUGUGUGUGUAUAAAUAUAGAUAUAUAUGCUAGAGAUCUAUAUUUUUAUGGAAUUCUGUUAGAAAAAGAGUGAAAACUAAGCAGAUACUAUUGGUACAUCUUGAAGAGAUGGUCAGUCUUGGCAGUGGGAGAAACACCAAAUGCCUUCUGACUAAGUGUUCCCUCUCUGGAGGCCAUGGGGGACAGGGCCCAGUACCUGACAGUGACCUUGGAAAUUGAAUAAAAGACCCUUGACGGGGAAACAGGACUGUC